ACGCUGAUUACAAACACGGAAAUAGUGUCUGUAGACGUCAUCGUUGUAUGUGUGGACGAUUCAUAUGUUUUAUUUAUAAAUAUAAUUGAGUUCGCGUGGUUGCACAGGUAUCUGUAUAGUAAGACAGCACACAGGUGUUACUUUUUUUGGUCUAUGGAUUUUCUGCAGCUGCUAUCAUGUGCGUGCAUCGUAUUUACCGUCGGGAUGUUCUCGACUGGAUUGACAGACUUAAAGAAAAUGAAGCUCACCCAAAGUGCAGAUAAUGUUCAGUUCCUGCCUUUUCUUACCACAUGUGUAAACAAUCUAGGUUGGCUGUACUAUGGAUUACUAAAGCAUGAUGGAACGAUUAUACUUGUAAAUACCAUUGGGGCCAUUUUACAGACCAUAUAUAUCAUCACCUACUUGCAUUAUACCAAAGAGAAGAAGCCUGUGUUGGUGCAGACGCUGGUGAUGGUGUGUGUGUUGUGUGUAGGCUGGGUGUAUUUUAGUAUGGUGAUCCCUGCUGGAAAAGAACAGCUGUCUCAGCUGGGACUGGCCUGUAGUGUGUUCACCAUCAGCAUGUACCUCUCUCCCCUCGCUGAUCUGUUGCAGAUUGUGCGCAGUAAGUCUGUAGAGCGGCUGUCAUUUUCCCUGACUGUCGCUACAUUUUUUACAUCUACAUCUUGGACGUUGUAUGGCCUUCAGCUGCAAGACUAUUAUAUCAUGGUGCCCAAUACCCCAGGCAUCUUAACUAGCCUCAUCCGCUUCUUUCUCUUCUGGAGGUUUGGAGCUCUCUUUGAAAACAAGCCCUCCUAUAAACUUAUCCCGAUCUGACGGAGGUGAAGAUUUUGUUUUUCUGAUUGAAUCUAAAUAAGUGCCUUCUCCACUUUCCUUUACCCAACAAGAAUGAGUUUCAUCUCUGGUUCCCUUUGCUCAGACUAUCAUCAUACCCUCAUGAUGUCCCAACCCCCUUUCUCUCUCUGUCUGUCUUUCUCAGUGUAGAUUCCAUCUAUACAGGCCAGCAAGGUUGACAAUUGCCAAGUUAACAAUUUACAAACAUGACAGCUUAAACUCCAUCAUGUUUGCUGUUUUAACCCUUUAUCUUAAAGAUAGAUCUUAAGUAGGUGUCUAUUUUUUACAUGGGGUACACGAGUCUGAACAGAAAAACAUUCUUAAGGAAAGUGCUAUGUUCUGUUAUCGUCUUAUGUUAUGGUUGUCCUGUUUACAAACUGAAAAGGAAUUGAAAGCUACUUAAGCUGUAUAAUGUCAUAACCAAGCAAUACUUUUUUUGUCUCUUAUGUGGUUAAAUGGGGCCCAACUUAGAAUGUCACACCCUAAAACCUUUUAUAUGUGUGUAGCGUGAAAUUAUGUAUGAAGAAUUUAAAAAAUAUGAAGAUUGCUAAAUCUGCAACAAAGUAAGAAAAUCAGAAUGGCACAUCUUUAGAGUUUAAAGGUGGUUAGUUUACAUGCUGCAGCAGCUGAUAUGGCGCAGGCACCAAGUUUUAAUGCAGUUGUUUACUGUCCAUUUACAAACUGCCCACCAUUUUUUUACAUGCUGCAUCUCAGUCCUUUAAAUUAAAUCACAAAAGCCCAUAAAAAUAAUAUAAAACUCAAUAUAAACCCUCGAGAGGCUGCUGCAAAGUUGCACAAAAACUUCACUGUGAGUUGAAUAAUGUAGACACUUCAUCUUAUAGGAUCAUAAAUGCAGGAUUCAAGGGGAACAAACAUCAGCAAAUUCGCCUGAUUAUAUAUUUACAUAUUCAUGACCUAUAAUGUGGCCGGAUGAAAAACAGUCACUGGCCAUAAAUGAGGUUUGCCAAAAGCGAUCCAAGCAUGAAAGACGCAAAUAAGCAGGCUUUAAAUGUAUGUCAACGGUGUUACCAUACAUAUCAUUUGGUACUUUAUUUACUGAAACACAUUGUUAAAGAUAUUUAAAAAUGGCUUUGUUUUUAUGGGUUAAUUGUUGUGCUCUACAUUCAGCUAAAGAGUUCAUUUUUCUUUGUACUAUUUUAUAUCUUAUGAAGCAAAGCUACAUUAUAUCAAAAGGGAUUUAAAGGGAUGUUCUUUAUGAAAAAUGGUUGAAUAAAUUUUAUAU